AUGAAUAGGACAUCGUUCAUAAUAAGUGUAGCAUCCCUCCGAAUGGCUCUGUGCUUUGUUAAUGUUCUCACCGAAGAACAGAAAGUAGUUUGCCAAAAAUUCAGGUUUGAGAUGGGAAAAAAUGUUGUUGACGACCACGCCCUCGACGGCCAUGUGAUUGAGAGAUACACAGUUAAGACAGCUGCACAAUGUCACAUGAUGUGCAGAGACAACUGUUUAUGUUUAUCCAUCAACUACCUCUCAAGUCUCCAAGAGAACAAUUGCGAGUUGAAUGACGCUGUGAAAAGAAAGAAACCAGAGGCGCUAAAAUUCAAAUCAGGAGCUCAGUACUACGAUCUGGUUAGAAUGCAUUCAGUAGAGGUGAGAGGUUAAAUGAACUUUUUAAUUAAAAAGACAAAAGACAAAAAAACAAACAAACACUGAGAAAAGGGAGGAGGGUUAAGGUAAAAUUUGAAGAACGCAACAGUCUUUCUACAUUUAGGAAGUUACAGGUAAAAAUGGGUCCAUAAAGUUAAUUACAUUAAAUAAAUACCUUAGGCGCGUAAAUUUGAGAAUAUACUGGGGAAACUACUGACGUGUAACUUUAAACUUAAUUAAAAAACAGGGAGGCCGACCUUAUGUAAAAGGAAAGGAUGUGUGUGUAAACAGAUGUUGCCAGCCUAAUCCUUGCUUUCAAGGAGCAGAGUGCGUGGAGAAUUGUGAUCCUGAUGAUGCCAGGUUUACGUGUAGCUGCUCCGCUCGUUAUACUGGACAGCGGUGUGAACAUAGAUGCUAUAAAAGUUGCAAGGAUGCUAAAGAAAACGGCAUAUGGCAAUCUGGCAGGUACCUCAUAUGUAAUGGAGAGAUCGAGCCAUUUUACGUGUACUGCGAAAUCAGCCCAUCGUCCACCUUCAUAUGGACUCUUUUACAAUCCUUUGCUAUCGAUCGGCAAUUGCAGUUUAGUAGCCAACCGUUCAUAAAUAGCUUUCCAGUUCGUGACAAUCUCCUAGAGAUAGACUGGGGCCUGUACCGCUUAUCCUUGGCCCGCAUGAAGUAUCUUGCCGAGCAGUCGACUCAUCUCAGAGUAACCUGUAAUUACAACACAGAUGGUCUUCAGUAUACGGACUAUGCACAAGCGGAACUCGAACACCACAAUUUAUUUGCAACAUUCAACAACAAAUGUAGAAUUUAUGAACACAUCGUCAUCCGAGGCAUUGAAUGUAGGAACUGCACCGCUCUCACCAAUCAACCGAGUGACCACGCCUGGCACAUCGAUAGCUACUUAAGUUCAGCCAAUGGAUGCAAUUUUGAUGGAAGGCCAGGGAUGGGAAAGAGCGAGCAUAACUUUGGAUGGUAUGCUCAUGGAAGAGUGAACACAGAUCACCGAUGCUCGUCAUCUCCAAUGUCGACAACUCAACACUGGUUUGGUAUUUUUUAUGUUCCGGGUAUUAAUCGUCCUCAAAGCUUUCCUGGUAAAUAA